AUGGACUCGAGCUUCCGAUCGACGGUGAUGCACCGGCGCGGCGACGACGAGCGAGAUCGAGAGCGAGAAAGAGACAGAGAACGAGACCGAGAGCGGGAGAUGGACAGAGACCGCAGCCAACGCGACGUGAUGAACCCCAGCUCGCGGCACUCCACCUUCAGCCUGCGGUCUCCCUCGACGCACACGCAGGCCGAGUUCCAUCCGCCUCUGCCCUACGCAUCCAGCGACGCAAACCCGCAUCACCAAUCGCCGCCGCGCCAUAGCCAUAACCAGAACCGCAGCCCAUACAUGCCGUCGUCGACGCCGGCGUCCUCGGCUUCUGCGCACCCGCUGCCGCCUGUGCUCGCGCCGUCGCCCGGCCAUCACCAGCUUCAGCAGCAUCAACAGCAGCCGCAUCAGCAGGGCCCCUCUGCCUCGCCGCUGCACCCGCCGGGCGCCUACUAUCCUCCUCCGCCUCGUGCCGUCUCGUCGGUGCCCAUCGCGGCAUCACCUCGAUCGUCCUCUGCCUCAGCCUUAGCCUCGGCCGCGGCCUCUGACCUUCAUCCCGGCGGCAGAGUCUACGAUCCAACGACCGACACGACCAAGGAGCGCCCCAUCGCCGCCUCGAGGCAACACGCGCCCCAAGUGGCCACGCCAAAGCCGUACCACUCCCGCGAGCCGUACCAGUACCCGCAGCCAAUUGACCAGCAACACCAGUCGUCUUACCGCAACGGCGACAAUUAUUCAUCGCCUCGCGCCAGGGCUUCGUCCUUCAACCGCCGGCCGACCAGCCCGCUCUCCCUCUCGCACUCCCACCCAACCCUCGCAACCGGCUCCCACAGUCCGCCCAGCCGUCACUCGCACAUGACUUCGCCAGUCUCGAGGCAUGCGCCUGCCGCGACGCACUCUGCAACAAACGGCACCUCCCUGCCGCCCAUGAUGAAGACUGAGCUGGCAGCCCCGUCACCGCCGAAGCCGGCUUCCAGCCGAGCUGCCGACCCAAUGUCCUUCUCCAACAUCCUCUCCAACUCCGAGCCCGCUCCCAAGCCCGCAGCCAAAGAGCCAUCACCCAAGAAAGAGCCUACGCCGGCGCCCCCCGUGUUUGAGGUCCGAGAGCCCGACAACGACGGCGAUACCGAGAUGGAGAAGGAAGUUGAUACCGAGCCUGAACCCGCCCCAGUCAAGAGACCCGAAAUCGUCAUCAAGAAGAAGACCGCCAAGAAACCCGCCAAGGGCCGUGCAUCCGAGAUUAGAGGAGACGAUGGCUCUAAAAAGAAUCGUCGCGCGUCCAUCAAGAAGGAGUCUCCGACUCCUCGACCGCCGUCAAAGCGACAAGCCAACGGCCAGCCCAAACAGAAGACGUGGUCGAGCGAAAUGGAAAGGUCAAUUCAGAAUCAUGAGGCGCUGCUUGACAAGCAGGCCGAGUCUCUGGAUGACACAGAGUUCAGCGAUCGAGCUUACAAAGAAGGAGCUUUCAAACGCCAGCGUACUAUGGCUGAUCUCGACUCUGACAGAGCUUAUGCCCGACGCGAACAGUUUGUCAAGACAACUGGAAAGAGGCUGGCCGAUCACUCGGAUCUAGGUAAACGCCGAUACGACGAUGUCUUUUACGACGAGGCCCUCCACGAAGUCCGUGAACAAGAACUCUUUGCCGAAAAGGAGCGUAAAAAGGACAUGCAGCGAAAGCGACGACGUGAAAAAUCAAUGGCCGUCACCAUCGAACAGAAGGAGGCCGCCCUCGCUCGAGCCGAAGCUGCUGAGGACGAGGAAGAGCGCCAGAAGCAUUUGCGUGAUGCUGAGAGGGCUAACAAGAAGGCCCAGCAGACGAAACUCAUUCUACAAAAGGGCAUCAAGGGCCCUGCCCGCAACGUUGAGCUCAACCUUGAAGGGGGCACCAUGUCCAGCUUUCUGGCGUCCGAUGCCGAGACCCCUAAGAAGGGCAAGGGCCGGGGCGGAACACGACCCAAAAAAUCCAAGGAGCAGAAGCAGGCCGAGAAAGAUUCUGCAGAGGCUGCCCAGGCCGCCUUGGAUGCUGGCGAAGAGCUGCCACCCAAAGAAGAGGGCCGGGUUCGCAUCAAGAUCAAGGGCAAGUCCAAGGGCGACGGAGAAAAGGCUACCAAGGAAAAGGCCGAAUCUACCAAGGAUAAGGAAAAGGUCGAUGACGUGCCGGAUCUCGAAAAGAAAUUCAUCUCCAAGGGCUACAACCAGAUUUACGAUCAGAUUUGGCGUGACAUGGCCCGCAAAGACGUCAGCAAAACGUUCAAGCUCGCCGUCGACUCUUACGCUACCAGAGGCUCCAACCUCAAGAAGACGGCCAUUCUGGCGUCCAAGGAGGCCAAGCGCUGGCAGCUACGCACAAACAAGGGCACCAAGGACCUGCAGGCCCGUGCAAAGCGUGUCAUGCGUGACAUGAUGGGUUUCUGGAAGCGCAACGAGCGCGAAGAGCGUGACUUGCGCAAGGCUGCCGAGAAGCAGGAGAUUGAGAAUGCUCGAAAGGAAGAAGCCGACCGCGAGGCCGCCCGCCAGAAGAGGAAGCUCAACUUCCUCAUCUCGCAGACCGAACUGUACUCGCACUUUAUCGGCAAGAAGAUCAAGACGGAUGAGGUCGAGCGCAGCACGGAUAACCCCGACAUUGCCCCCGAUGCGCGCCAGAUCUCCGAGAACAAACUUUCCGUACAAGAGCCCACUGGGCCCUUGGGCUCCAAGGUUACCGACUUUGAAAACCUCGACUUUGAUAAUGAAGACGAGUCUGUUCUGCAGGCAGCUGCCAUGGCCAACGCUCAGAAUGCCAUUGCCGAAGCCCAGAAGAAGGCGCGCGACUUCAACAACAAGGGCCUGGACAUGGACGACGAAGGCGAAAUGAACUUUCAAAACCCAACAGGUCUCGGCGACGUCGAGAUCGAGCAGCCCAAGCUCAUCAACGCUCAGCUCAAAGAGUACCAGCUCAAGGGUCUCAACUGGCUCGUCAACCUUUACGAACAAGGCAUCAACGGUAUCCUGGCAGACGAAAUGGGUCUCGGCAAGACUGUCCAGUCCAUCUCCGUCAUGGCCUACCUGGCCGAAAAGCACGACAUUUGGGGUCCCUUUUUGGUGGUGGCGCCCGCUUCUACACUGCACAAUUGGCAGCAGGAAAUUGCAAAGUUCGUUCCCGAGUUCAAGAUUCUCCCGUACUGGGGAAGCGCUGGCGACCGAAAGGUGCUGCGAAAGUUCUGGGACCGGAAACACACCACCUACCGAAAGGAUGCGCCCUUCCACGUCUGUGUCACCUCAUACCAGCUUGUCGUGUCCGACGUGGCCUACUUCCAGAAAAUGCGGUGGCAGUACAUGAUUCUCGACGAGGCCCAAGCCAUCAAGAGCUCGUCCAGUUCUCGUUGGAAGUGCUUGCUCGGCUUCCACUGCCGAAACCGCCUGUUGCUUACCGGUACCCCUAUCCAGAACAACAUGCAGGAGCUGUGGGCCCUGUUGCAUUUCAUCAUGCCGUCGCUCUUUGACUCCCAUGACGAAUUCAGUGAAUGGUUCUCCAAGGACAUUGAAUCUCACGCUCAGAGUAACACGAAACUGAACGAGGACCAGCUCAAGCGUCUUCACAUGAUUCUGAAGCCGUUUAUGCUUCGUCGUGUCAAGAAGCAUGUGCAAAAGGAACUUGGCGACAAGAUUGAGCUCGACGUCUUCUGUAACCUCACCUACAGACAGCGGGCCUACUACAGCAACCUGCGUAACCAGAUCAACAUUAUGGACCUUGUUGAAAAGGCUACCAUGGGCGACGACCAGGACUCAGGUACUCUGAUGAACUUGGUGAUGCAGUUCAGAAAGGUCUGCAACCACCCAGACCUGUUUGAACGCGCAGAAGUGACCGCCCCCUAUUCCUUUGGUUACUUUGCCGAGACGGCCUCGUUUGUCAGGGAGGGGAGCACCGUCUCCGUGGGAUACUCCAGCAGGAGCUUGGUAGACUACGAGCUGCCGGCUCUCGUCUGGACGGAAGGCGGCCGGCUUGACAAGGCUGGGCAUGACAACCAGACGGCCGGCUGGCGCAACAAGGCUUUGAACCACAUGAUGAAUAUAUGGACGCCGGAGAAUGUUAAAACCAGCGUAGACGACGACAAAGCCUUUUCGUGGCUACGCUUUGCUGAUGCGUCAGCUGGCGACGUCUACAAGGCCACACACAGCGAUUUAUUCGAUCGUGCUGUGGGAGAGCUCAAGAAGCGUGAUAGACUAGGUCCCAUGAGCAUCGCAUAUGAUGAGGAAGAUGAGAGCUUUACGCCUGCUCAUUGCCUGUUCAAAAUUCGGGAGCGCCGCAAUUGGCAGCCUCUGGCAGAGAUUACCAACGAGGGCAUUCUCAGCAGCCUGAUGAAUGUUGCCAAGGCAGCCUACCGAGACUCUGGCCUUAGCCGGCUGGAACCGGCAGCAAGACCUCGCGCGUCGGCUCCGCCUGUCCAAGUAUUCUGCAACAAUCCCAGCGCCGUCGCCGAGCGCCAGGAUGUCAUGUUCAAUACUCACAUUCGCAAGACGCUCUAUGGACCUACGAUAUACGACGAGCGUGCUCUAGUCGAGAAGAAGGUGCCGAUGGAGCUGUACCCCAUCAACAAGAUUUUCCCCAAGCCGGACCACGACAAGAAGCGCUUCACCAACAUUGCCGUCCCUUCCAUGCAGCGCUUUGUCACCGACAGCGGCAAGUUGGCCAAGCUGGACGAUCUUCUAUUCAAGCUCAAGGCCGAAGGUCAUCGUGUCUUGCUGUACUUCCAGAUGACUCGUAUGAUCGACAUGAUGGAAGAGUACCUCACUUUCCGCAACUACAAGUAUUGCCGACUGGAUGGUUCAACUAAAUUGGAAGAUCGUCGUGAUACCGUGCACGACUUCCAGACCCGCCCGGAGAUUUUCAUCUUCCUGUUGUCUACCCGUGCUGGUGGUCUUGGUAUCAACCUCACGUCUGCGGACACGGUCAUUUUCUACGACUCUGAUUGGAAUCCUACCAUUGAUUCUCAGGCCAUGGACCGAGCACACAGACUGGGUCAGACCAGGCAGGUUACCGUCUACCGACUCAUCACCCGCGGUACCAUCGAAGAGCGUAUUCGCAAGCGUGCUCUUCAGAAGGAAGAAGUCCAGCGCGUUGUUAUCCAGGGCGGAGGUGCUAGCGUCGACUUCUCUGGACGCCGUGCUCCGGAGAAUCGCAACCGUGAUAUUGCCAUGUGGCUGGCUGACGACGAGCAAGCCGAGAUGAUUGAGCGUCGUGAGAAGGAACUCCUUGAAUCUGGAGAAUACGAGAAGCAGAAGAAGAAGGGUGGCAAGCGGAAGAGGACAGAUGCGCCCGCCAGCCUGGAUGACAUGUAUCAUGAAGGCGAGGGCAACUUUGACGAUGGAAGCAAGCCUGGUGCGUCUGGCACUGCUACACCAGCCGAGAGUGAGCCAAAGGGUAAAAAGGGCAGAGGAAAGGGGAUUGGCAAGCGGGCAAAGACGGCUAAGCAACGUCUCGCCAUUGCCGAUGGCAUGAUUGACACUUAA